AUCUGCAUCAUUCCAAGAGGAAGCUGCGGUGUGUGUCAUCACGAGUUCCCCCAGCAUCUUAAACCUCCACCGCACCAUCAAACAUAGUUUCAUUUAACCAAGCAUGUCCCACGAAGACCCAAACGUGUCUAAAUGGAGGCAAAUAGCGUUGAGUGAAAACACUCUUUUCGGGAUGGGCAAUCCCCUUCUGGACAUUUCUGCUGUGGUGGACAAAGACUUCCUUGAUAAGUACGGAUUGAAGCCCAAUGACCAGAUCCUUGCUGAGGACAAACACAAGACAUUGUUUGACGAAAUUGUCAAGAGGAAAGAAGUUGAAUAUCACGCCGGCGGUUCGACACAGAACUCUGUGAAAAUCGCCCAGUGGAUGAUCCAGAAGCCCCACAAGGUGGCGACCUUCUUCGGUUGCAUCGGCACCGACCGCUUCGGCGAGAUCCUGAAGAAGAAGGCCGAGGAGGCGCACGUGGACGCCCGCUACUACGAGCAGAGCGAGGAGCCCACCGGCACCUGCGCCGCCUGCAUCACCGGCGACAACCGCUCCCUGGUGGCUAACCUGGCUGCAGCCCAAUGCUACAAGAAAGAGCAACACCUGGACCUGGACAGCAACUGGGAGCUGGUGACCAAAGCCAAGACCUACUACAUCGCGGGCUUUUUCCUGACCGUGUCCCCGGCUUCCAUGCUCAAGGUGGCCGAGCACGCUUCGCAAAACAACAAACUCUUCUGCAUGAACCUGUCGGCGCCGUUCAUCUGCCAGUUUUUCAACGCCGCCAUGAUGGAGAUCAUGCCUUACGUGGACAUCCUGUUCGGCAACGAGACGGAAGCGGCGUCGUUCGGAAGUCAGCUGGGCUUCCAGACGGACGACAUCGGCGAGAUCGCCAGGCUGACCCGAACUCUGCCCAAGGACAACCCGGCGAGGCCGAGGGUGGUGGUCUUCACCCAGGGCAAGGACGACACCGUGGCCACUGUCGGCGACAAGGUGACGAUGUUCCCCGUCCUGGACAUCGACCAGAACCACAUCGUGGACACCAACGGAGCUGGAGACGCCUUCGUCGGAGGGUUCCUGUCGGCGCUGGUCCAGGAUCGUCCCCUGGAGGAGUGCAUCCGAGCGGGCCACUACGCCGCCAACGUCAUCAUCCGGCGAGUGGGCUGCACAUUCCCGGAGAAGCCCGACUUUCAGUAGAUGCUCGUACACGCGUGCGCGUGGGGAUUUUUAUGUACGUUGUUUUGUUUUUUUUUCUACUCACAGUGACCAUCUCGGAAGCAAGUGCUAAUAAAUAUCUGUUUUUACCAGCAUCAACUGAAUGCUACUUUGGACACAAACUUUUGAGUCUACUUUGUAUCAGCCAAAACUUUAGGAACACCCCAACAAUAAAAGUAUCAAUGUAGUGGUACCUAUUUAAAUUGAAUUCAUUAGAAUUUUCAAUCAAAGCUAAUUCAUAUUGGUACAUCAGCCAAUUUUUAUUACAAAUAUAUAAAUGACAUAGGUUAUAAAAAUACAUAUAUUGAAUUCAUUUAAUUUUGAUGACAUGAGUGCAUUUGCGUUGCAUUGCGUUCCAGCUUUCUUGGAACGUGUUGCAGCCAUAAAAUUCCAAGUGAAUGAUUAUUUGCUAAAAACAAUAAAGUUGAUCAGUUUGAACAUGAAA